UCCAUCCUAUCUUUCUUCCAAUUGCUUUAGCGUAUCUUUUCUUUUCUUUUCUCCUUUCAAAGAGUUAGAAGAAAGAGAUGUUUUCGCAACGCCAAUAUUGUCUAACACUUUUGUUCAUUUUAGUUAUCUCUUUUGUCUCCUGCUGUUUUAGCAGUUAUCAGGAUGACCUAUAUUUUAGAAAUGGCUAUCAAUCUCAAGGCGAUAGUUAUUAUGGUCAAGUUCUCAGGAGGCAUUCUGGAGCCAAUGCUCCUGCUACUUCAGCACAGAUUGUGAAUGUUGACGAUUUUGGAGCUAAAGCUGAUGGAACAGAUGAUUCUCAGGCAUUUUUGAAAGCUUGGAAGAAGGCUUGUUCUUCUAAUGUUGAAGCAGCUUUAGUGAUCCCAAGGAACAGAAUUUAUCAUCUUAAACCAGUUACAUUCUCAGGUCCUUGUAAAUCUGGUCUUACAAUUAAGAUUUAUGGAACAAUAAAAGCAACAGUUCAUCAAUCAGACUACAGAAAAGAUCCCAGAUAUUGGAUUGUUUUCGAUAAUGUUAAUAACUUCAUAGUGGAAGGUGGUGGCACCAUCAAUGGCAAUGGCGAAAUAUGGUGGAGAAACUCAUGCAAAGUCAACAGAAACCUUCCCUGCAAGGAUGCACCAACGGCAGUAACUUUCUUUGGAUGCAAGAAUCUGAGAGUGGCUAACUUAAGGUUCAAAAAUUCUCAGAAGAUGCACCUCUCCUUUAAGAAAUGUGUCAAUGUCAAAGCUUUGAAUCUCAAAGUGAUUGCUCCAGGGAACAGUCCCAAUACUGAUGGCAUUCACGUCACUGAAACACAAAAUAUUCAGAUUAAAAACUGUGUCAUCGGAACUGGUGACGACUGUAUAUCCAUAGUCAGUGGGUCGAAAAAUAUUCGAGCGACGGGUAUAGUUUGCGGUCCAGGUCAUGGAAUCAGCAUUGGAAGUUUAGGAGCUGGAAAUUCUGAAGCUGAAGUUUCAAAUGUGGUAGUCGAUGGAGCAAAACUUACAGGAACCACUAAUGGUGUCAGAAUUAAGACUUGGCAGGGAGGAUCUGGAUAUGCCAAGAACAUAGUUUUUCAAAAUAUUGCAAUGAGCAAUGUGACCAAUCCGAUAAUAAUUGAUCAACAUUACUGUGAUCAAGAAGAUCCCUGCACAGAUCAGGCAUCGGCUGUGCAAAUAAGCAAUGUUUUGUACAAGAACAUCAAAGGGACUAGUGCUUCAGAGGUGGCCAUCAAAUUUGAUUGCAGCAAGAGCUCAGCUUGUCAAGGGAUUUUAAUGCAAGAUGUUGUUUUUGGAAGUCAAUAUAAAGGUGAAGCCGCCAAAGCUUUGUGUCUCAAUGUUAACUUAAAGAAGAGAGGGAGUUUUCGGCCCCUUUGUUCUUGAGGGAAAGCCUAAAUUAAUUAGCUUGUAAUACAUAAUUAGUUUAAUAAUAAAAGUCUUUGAUUAAUGACUAUAUGUUGUACAUACCAAGUGAAUAAAUCAUAAAUUAUUCUA